AUGGGCGCAGUGCCGCUGACGAAAGGCAACACGAUUACGUUCCUGGACACGCCUGGCCACGAGGCGUUCACGGCCAUGCGGGCACGCGGCGCGAGUGCAACGGAUAUGAUUGUGCUCGUCGUCGCUGCUGAUGACGGCGUGAUGCCCCAGACCCUCGAGUCCAUUCGACACGCAAAGGCCGCAAAUGUGCCGGUUGUCGUUGCCAUCAACAAGUGCGACCGCGACAACGCCGAGCCCGAACGCGUUAAGCAGGAGCUCAUGCAACACGACCUCUCGUUGGAAGAGUUUGGCGGAGACGUGCAAGCAGUGGAAGUGUCGGCGCUGCACCGGCUGCAUCUUGAUGAACUGAAGGAAGCGAUUAUUCUGCAGGCGGAAAUGGCCGAACUCACAGCUUCACCGACUGCGCCUGCUACUGGCGUUGUCAUUGAGAGCAGGACCGACAAGCACAAAGGGCAACUCGCCACUGUUGUCGUUCGCGACGGAACGCUCAAAGUUGGCGAUUUCGUGUGUGCGGACACGGUUUUCGGUCGAAUCAAAGCCCUCACGGACGACGCUGGCAAACGUGUGAAAACGGCCCCGCCGUCCACUGCUGUUGAAGUGAUGGGAUGGAAGGAGCUGCCGGAUGUUGGCUCCGCAUUCCAAGUCGUCAAGAACGAGAAGGCGGCACGGCGUCUGGCGGAAGAAAAUGAGAACAUCAAAUCCUUGGAGGAACUUGAUUCCGUCAAGGAAAUUGUCGACGAGCGCCGGAAACAGGAGCAGGAAGAACGAGAACUGCUGCUGCAGCAGCAGCCGCGCCGACGCCGACGCCGCCGCGUGUUUGUGCCGCGAGUCAAGGAGGCGGAUGCGAAUGCAUCUGACAUCCCCGUGUACUCCGUUGUCGUGAAGACGGACGUGCAGGGGACAACAGAGGCUGUUUUGGAGCUCAUCAAUGGCCUUCCACAGAACAAAGUCGAGUGUGCUGUCGUGCGCUUGGGCGUCGGUCCCAUCACGGAGUCAGAUGUUGAGCUGGCAAAGUCGUUCAACGCGGACCUGGUCACGUUUGGCAUCGGCGAGUCCAAGGCAGAGGCACGCAUGGUCGAGAGUGCAGGCCUGCACUACAUGGCACACAGUGUCAUCUACAAGCUGCUGGACGAUUUGCAAGAGCGGAUGGCGUCUCUGCUUCCACAGACGGUGCAGCUCAACAGCACGGGCACAGCGCAGGUGUUGCAGGUCUUCAAACUCACGGGCCGCAAGUCUGCCAUUGUCGCUGGCCUGCGCGUGACGAAAGGAUCAAUGGUGCGGAAGGGCGUGUUCCGUGUGUUCCGCAAGAACAACCUCAUCUUCGAAGGGCGGGCGGCGAGUCUGAAGCAGGGCAAGGAUGACAUAGGAACUGCGGCCAAGGGGAUGGAGUGUGGACUGCAGUUGUUGGAGUUUGACGACUUGAAGGAGGAGGACGUGAUUGAGUGCUUUGAAGAGGUCAGUGUCAGCCCAUCCUUAACAGACUAGCAAGCACAAUGCGACUUGCAUGCGCAGCUUGUUUCGUGUGCAUGUGUUGUUGGCAUAUCUUGUGUUGUGUGGUGGUGUGGUGCUGUUUCGUUUCGGAGGAGUCCACUUGACUUAUUCGUGUAUGAGAAGUCAUCACAUCAGGCAUAGACGGAGAGGAAGAAGAGGGUGAAGAAGAGGGGUGUUUACCCGUCAAGCAACAAAGAUAAACAAACGGCAACAUGAACA